AUGAACAAAUUUCAUGGAAUCAUUCCUCCAACUUUUACAAAGGGAUGUCAAUUUAAGAAUCUCAACUUAAAUGGAAAUCAAUUGGAAGGGCCUUUAACACGAUCCAUCCUUAAUUGUAGAGGUUUGGAACUGCUAGAUCUUGGUGACAACAAGAUCAAUGAUACAUUUCCUCAUUGGCUGGGAAGUCUUCCAGAGCUACAAGUUCUUGUAUUGCGGUCAAAUCAACUGCAAGGUUCCAUACAAGACAAUAAGUCCACUCAUUCUUUUUCCAAAAUCCAAAUUUUUGACGUCUCAAGUAAUUCCUUCUCCGGAGCACUACCUGUGAGAUGUAUAAAAAAUUUCAAAGCUAUGAUAGAUCUCACAAAAUAUAAAAGUGCAAUGCGAUACAUGGGGGUGAGUGUUGGGUCUAGUGAAUUCUAUAGCUAUUCCAUUGAAAUUACAAUCAAAGGAGUAGAGAUGGAAGUGGUGAAAAUUUUCACCAAGUUAACGACCAUUGACCUUUCAAAUAAUAACUUUCAAGGAGAGAUUCCAAUGGUUAUUGGAAAGCUUAACUCACUCAAAGGGCUUAACCUUUCUCAUAAUAAUCUUACUGGAUGUAUCCCCACUUCAAUAGGGAAUUUGGUUAGUCUUGAAUGGCUGGACCUCUCUUCAAACAAACUGGUUGGCACGAUUCCAGAAAGAUUGAUAGAUCUGACAUUUCUUUCCAUCUUUAAUGUUUCUGAAAAUCAUCUUCAAGGUCAGAUUCCACAAGGCAAACAAUUCAACACUUUUGGAAAUGAUUCAUAUAAAGGAAACAAGGGAUUAUGUGGAUUUCCAGUCUCUAAAGGUUGUAGCAACAGUGAGCUAGCACCUUCGAACUUUCCGGAAGAAGAUGGCUCAAAAUCGAACAUUGCGUUUGGUUGGAAGAUAACAAUUAAGAAUCAGUUCAAUGUGUAUGAAGAUUUAGAUCGUUUUUAUCAGAUCAUCAGAACAAAGUUUAAAAUGUUCCAUAUCUGUAGCAUUUAG